ACUUGGUCCCAUGCCAUGGAACUUCUUCUUCAUCUCAGACAUUUUCUUCUACUCUUUAUCUUCAUCAGCUUCUCACCUUCCUCCUUCUCUUUCAUCUUUCACAUUCCUACCCAUAAGAAAUGCUCAAAUCAAAGUGUUUCCUUGAAACAGAAGAUUGUCGAGAUGGCCUAUGACCCCAUCAACUUGAAUUGGAUGAAGAAGAUCAGGAGGGAAAUCCACGAGCACCCAGAGCUUGCAUAUGAAGAAUUCAGAACCAGCGCUGUCAUUAGACGCGAGCUUGACAAGAUGGGCGUGGCUUACCGGUGGCCUGUGGCUCGGACCGGCGUCGUGGCUCAGAUUGGGUCUGGGUCUCCCCCUUUCGUCGCUCUCAGAGCAGACAUGGAUGCUUUGCCUAUUCAGGAGCUGGUUGAUUGGGAACAUAAAAGCAAAGUGGAUGGAAAAAUGCAUGCCUGCGCCCACGAUGCCCAUGUGGCCAUGCUCCUAGGGACUGCGAAGAUACUACAAAAACUGCGGGAUAAGUUAAAGGCCACUGUAGUUCUCGUAUUCCAACCUGCUGAGGAAAGAGGCGCAGGUGCAAAAGACAUGAUCCAAGAAAAUGUGCUUGACAAAGUAGAAGCUAUGUUCGGGUUGCACUUGGUGAUAGAGUAUCCCCUAGGUGUUGUUGCAUCAAGGCCAGGCGAUUUUCUGGCCGGAUGUGGAGGCUUCAAAGCAAAGAUCACCGGGAAAGGAGGGCAUGCAGGUUUUCCCCAGUAUUCUAUUGAUCCAGUUUUGGCUGCUUCAACAUCAGUCAUUAGCUUGCAGAAUAUUGUUUCAAGGGAGGCGGAUCCUUUAGAUUCCCAGGUGGUUUCUGUGGCCUCUAUUGAUGCAGGAUCUGCCCACAAUCUCAUCCCUGAAUCCACCACCUUUGCUGGUACCUUCAGAGCACACAGCAAGAAGAGCUUUUAUUCAGUAAGGAAAAGAAUAGAAGAGGUUAUUAAAGGACAAGCGGCAGUACAUAGGUGCAACGCAGAGGUUAAUUUUGAUGGGAACGAGCAUCCGACGAUCCCUCCAACUACGAACGAUGAGAGAGUAUACGAAAUAGUGAGGCAAGUCUCAAGUGAGAUUGUUGGGAAAGAAAACACAAUAUUAGCUCCUAAAUUCACAGGGAGUGAAGAUUUUGCAUUUUUCUUGGAAAAAGUGCCCGGGACUCUCUUGCUUGUGGGAAUGAGAAAUGACAAGACUGGAACCAUAUACUCUCCUCAUAACCCUUACUUUGUUGUUGAUGAGGAAGUUUUUCCAAUUGGGGCUGCAAUUUAUGCAGCAUUUGCUUUUUCUUAUCCUUCAUAUUCAAAUACAGAGCCUCAUUCUCAGUGAGUGCUAAUCACAUGCGAGCGCGACCCCACACACAUUCCUUUACAGAAACAGCCAUCCUUGUUGAAAUUGAUUGAUAGACUCACUCACACCCACACAUACCCCACAAGUAAUGGAGAGCACGCGC